AUGUUUUUGUUUCAGAUAGUUCUACUGAUCUACGAGUAUUUGAUUGUAGUAGAAACUAGUUUAGUACAAAAUAUUAAUUCUAAAUAUAAAUUUAAGCAUGAUCAGCCUAUUGCCGAUAAACUGGAUAGGAGUUAUUUUGGAUUUGAUCAAGAUUACUUUGAAAGAAUGCCUUUGCUUGUUAAUGCAUUGCAAGAAACAAGUUACAUAGAUCCGACGUCGGAACAUGUAUCUACAACGACAUUACGAAAAAAGAAGCAACAUUCUCAAGUAAAUAAUAUUAGGCCUGAAACAUCACAUACAAUUUAUAAAUCUAUACGUAGAACUACGCCAAGGCCAUUUAUAUUUGAAUACCGUAGUCCUAAUCCUACGCCUUUUAGUCGAAGUUUUAACUCUCGUAGCUGGGUUGAAAGUUAUCGCAAUGCUCAAAGACUUAAAAACUUAAAUCAAGUCAUAAAAUAUCUAGAAAAGACUUUACAUGCAAAGUUUGGAGAUAUUUAUGAACCGUCCACAGCACAAAUAGCAUUCUCUGGUGUCUACGUUGCUCCUACAAAGAAAAAAAUAAAGCCCGUUGAAGAUUGUCAUAAAUCGCAAACAUCUCAAAGUAUUGAGUACAAAUCUAAUCACCUGUCAGACCCACUAUUUGUUUAUAAACCAGAGAAUCCUGGAGAUAUAAAUUUGUUGGCCGAUGGGUAUAGAUUUUCACCUACGCUCAAAUCACACAUAAGACAUCUUAACAAUAACAUACCCAUGUUCAGGCCGGUUAAUAAAAGAAAAUGUGUAGGAUCCUUUUGUGAUUAUUCGUCUGUAGCACAAAAUAGCGAUUCUGUAGAUGCUAGAGAACCCCACUCAACUAAAGAAAAUAAACCACGAGCAUUCGGCGUAAUGCUUGAUUUAUAUCCAAUACAUUCUUCUAACUUUGAUGAAAGUAUUGAAGUAAAAAGUACGUCUCCAAUUGAUAAAAUUUAUUUUACUACGGUGCGGCCAUCUUAUCAAUUUAAGAAAAAGUCAAACCAUAAUAACAUGCACGUAAGACGAACAUCGUUUAGACCUAAGAUUUCAAAAACUCGCGAUGAGAAAAGAAAUUCAGAUGUAACAACUACUCAGACAUCUUCACACAUAGAGACAACAACCGUCCCUCAACUAGUAGUGCGUUUCAAUGUAUACUCAGUUAGAAAAAAUCCAAGUAUUAUAAAAGAACCAAACUCACAUCACACUGCUACUACUACGACAACCACAACAGAAUCGAUUAAACAUGACAUUCAACUGCCGGUCAUAGCUUCAUCUAAUGUUGAAGAUUAUCACGCAGGAAGUUCAGGAAUUAUUCCGGUACAAGAUAGAACUCCUGCUCCAUCUACAUAUCCAAUUAUCACCCCUACAAUAACCCAAUAUGAUCAACAAUACCUUUCAACAGAGUCAAUAACGACAAACCCGCCAGAUAUAAUCAAGUUUAGCCCUGAGGAUGCUAAAGUUCCCGAUGAAUACAUAAACUUUAAUAUGCGAAAAUCUGACAUUAGUUUAAUAAAUGAAUCCGAUUUAGAACAAAAAUACAGUGAAUACAUUGAACCUAAACUUGAAGCUGACCACAGUAGCGCAGCAUUAAACGGACAAGAGAAAGAGGAAAAAACUCUAGUUAUAAAACUGAAAAAUAUCGUUGGAACUACAACUGGUAUACCCACAACAGAAACAAUUGAAUAUACCGAAGAAAAUAUAGAAGAAAAUACAACUACAAAUGAGCCGGGAGAUACAUACGUGCCUACAAUAAACGGGCAUUAUCGAAGCAGUAAGAGAAAAACACUGAGCACUUUAUUUUACGAAAACUCAGAGAAGUAUAGAAAAAAGAAGAUUGAAACAUCGAUCACGUUGCAGAAAUCAACAUAUGUACCAAUGUACGUAGAAAUAAAAAGAAAUAGAACAUUCACCUCGACUGAAUACUAUUAA